UUGUCUUUAAAGCGUGAGAAUCACCUUAUGAACACUUCUACAAGCAGUUUUGUUUUUUCGAGGUUCACAGCAUUACGCACUGCAUACAGGUACAGUAUGUAAAGAAUAAACUCAAUAAUACAUUUUAACGUGCUGCUCAAAAGAUAAAAGUUUCCCCGAUCUCUCUAAAUAAACCAUCUUAUAAUAUCUUAAUAUGUAGGCAUAAUAUAUAAAAUCGUAAUAUAUAAAUCUAAAUACAUUAAAUAUAUACAUUUCCCAGCGAUGGGCGCUUUAAUUUGGAGCGAGAGAUUAGGCGGAGUGACUGUACUGCGUCAGAGACGUCACUUUACUCACAGCCGAUUGGUUAAGCAUCAGUUUGCGAUCUGUUACGAAGAAUAAAACCUGCUCCGGAGCACGUUAGCCGUGUGGCGUAAAUUGCUAUGGCGAUGAACACCGGUCAAAACCAAUCCACCUUCUUGAGCCCGAAAAAAAAGAGUUUGCUCAAACUAACCUGGGUAGCCACUGAAACCAGCUUCGUGCAACAGGCCUCUGAAAAGAGAAACAGUUGGCGGUAAAGUCCCUCUCCUCUACUCUUGCAAAGAACGCUUCCUGCACUACCUUAUCCUCUACAACUCAGAGCUGCAAAUCUUCCUUGACCCUAAACCCACCUGUAGGGAGGCUUACAACAACCUCUCUGGCCACUGCAACCCAUUCUGACUCUCAUAUCCCCUGCCAACCCAUAGAAUUUCCCUUAGACAUUGCCCAAAAUCCUGACAUCCCACAAUCCUGUUUUUCAAGCCAAUUUAUUAAGCAGUGUAUUUCCACCACUGCGCCAACUCUGCACCCUACCCACAACCACACCCAAUCACUCAUGGCUUCUCCAAAGUUAGGUGUGUCAGCUACUACAACCUCAUCUUCAUCCUCCUCUUCUGCGGCUUCUCUCUGCGCACCUCUACAUCAUGGAAGCCCCAGUCCUGUGCCUGGAGGUCCCCCAAGCCCAGUUACACCUUCGUCCAGCCCAUGCACAGUACCUCCAGCCCCAGCAUGUGCACCUAUCAGCAUCGCUUUCAUCCUCGAAGAGCUACGUGUGCUGCAGCAGAGGCAAAUCCAUCAGAUGCAGAUGACUGAAGAGAUCUGUAGGCAAGUAUUGAGGCUGGGGGGAGCUUCAUAUGAACUGGAUUCAGUGCCAUUUAUGUUACCACCUCUGCCACAGCUCUGUCUAAAGGGUUCUGAUAACAACCCAAAACCUUCUCAGCAAAACUCAUCACCUCCCCCUACAUCUGUGGCUCCCCUUUUGGCCAGUUUCUCAUCCCUGCCUCCCCCUCAGACAACCUCUAAGCCCUCUAAACUAGCCUACCCUCUUUUGAACAUCUUACGUCCCCAUAAGACACAGUUUGACAGUGGAGUAGUUACUCCAGCAAACUUCGCCAGUCCUACAAGUACUCACUCUUCCACAUCCUCAUCAAUGUCCACAUCUGCUACCAUAAACUAUCCAUUCACACCUUCCCUUGGUCUACCAACCCAAACUUCAUAUGAGAAAGCCUCUGACAUCACAGGAGCCAGAGGGAAGAGUAGUCAGACUUUUCCAAACCAAGCUCUGCAAGCAGCUGCUACCCCUUCAGCCCCCUCACAGGAUCCAAAACUUUCUGUGCAAGAAGGUAUGACUUUAUCAUCGGGGCGUAUGCAGCAUGCAUGUCGCUUUUGUCGGAAGCUCUUCAGCAGUGAUUCAUCCCUGCAGAUACACUUGCGCUCACACACAGGGGAACGUCCUUACCAGUGCCCUAUAUGUUUUAGUCAAUUCACCACACGUGGGAAUCUCAAGGUCCACUUCUUGCGGCAUCGUGAGCAAAACCCUGAACUCUCUUUUUCUUUGUUUCCGUGUUCCCUAUUUGCAUCUGUGACAGGGGCAUCAAUGGGAGGAUCAGCGCAAACUCAAACUAUAUCCUCCACUAGCAUGAAUGCUGCUCAGAGGCAUCAGAAACAGCAAGAAGGGGAUGAUCUGUGUGGUGAGAGUCUUGAGGGUGCUACUGCCACACCACGUACCACAACUUCAUCUCUUCCUCUGCCUCCUAGUAUUGAUUUGGCCCUGCUGACCACUGCACACUCUCUCCUUCAGCUCAACCGUGCUGCUGCUGCUGCAGCAGCUGUGGCCUCUACAUCCUCUACCUCUUCAAUCACAUCCUCAUCCUCUUCCUCUCUUGCCUCCACCCUACUUUCAGCCCCUGCCUCAUCCACCUCAUCUGUUGCUGGGCUGUUUAAAGGAGUGAAACAACAGUGCUUUGAUGAGAACACCCCUCCAAUACCUACCCUACUCCCCCAUUCUGCUUAUUCACAGCUUGCCAGAUUACCCAAAAUAUUCUUCCCUGCAUCUUCCAGCCACCAUCAUCCAGGCCAUGGGCUUCUUAGGCCCACAACUCCAACAGGAUCCUUUCUGACAACCCCACAACAACAGAUUACAUUCCCUUUCACAGCCUCUACCACUGCCCCAUCCAUCUCCACCUCAAUCUCAGACACAUCAAAACUGCAAAAACUGGUAGAGAAGUUAGAGAAGGAGCCACAUGGUCAGUCCCACUGGGUUUCAUCCUUUGGGGAGACUUCUACCAGUAGCUACAGCACAGCAGGUGGUUUAAGCUAUAGCAGCAGUAGUUUAAUGAGCACAAGAACAUUCAGUACAAAUGCAAACACUGCACUUUCAUCAUCUACAGUCCAGAUACCAUCAUCUGUCUUCAGCAAGGAGUCACCUUAUCUGGGUCUUAUGAAUUCUGCUGGAGCACUUGCCCCAAAUCAGUGCAGUGUGUGUCUUCGGGUGCUAAGCUGCCCAAGAGCACUACGUUUGCACCAGGCCACCCAUUUAGGCGAGCGCCCCUUCCCCUGCAAGCUGUGUGGUCGUUCUUUCUCAACUAAAGGAAGCCUUCGAGCUCACCAUGCCACACAUCGAGCACGUCCACCAAACAGUCGUGCACAAAAUUCUUGCCCCUUAUGUCAGCGGAAGUUUACUAAUGCCCUUGUGCUGCAACAUCAUAUUCGCAUGCAUUUAGGAGGACAGUUACCACCAGAGAAUCUGCCUGAUACUUCAACAGAAAGUGAUACUUUAUCCCAUUCCCAGUCUAUUGAACUCCCUGCUUCAGAGAUCAGCCCUAGAACUACCGUUGUUCAGGUACAACAUGCUGAACUAGAAACAGAUUCUAAAUGCUCCAUUAGUAGUCAUGCUAACCCCCUCGAGGUCAGUACUGCUCUCACAAUAUGUCCCACAAACUCCAGUCUACCUGGUUCACUUAGCCCAGGUCCUAUACCACCUUUUGACCUAAGCCCUGACCAUUCCCUGAAUCCAACCCACUAUUUACCUCCAUCAGGCAGAGCAGAUCCCCCUGUCCUCUCUGUCAGUAUAGCCUCUCCAGUAGAAUCUGCUGCAUCUCUUGUCCCUACCUUCACCCACCCAGUCUCACCAAAAACAAGUCCUUCUGCCUCUGAUGAACUAUCUUUUGAACUUUCUAGCAAUACUGCCUUCCUAGGAGAUAUAACAAUGUCCUGCGCCUCUGCUUCUGUGAAAGCCAGUCCACACAGAAAUGACUGUGAAUUUAGUGAAAACAGAUCUUCCUUGCCUACUUCUGGAUCAAGAUCACAUUUGGAGGAUCUUCUUAGUAUACAAGCUCAUCAUGCAUCAAGAGUUCCUCUACCACAUCCAGCAUCAAAACUAGUGGAGCUUGACCAAGGCCUUGUCGAAACAUCCAAAUCAAUCCCCAAGGAGUUCUGUGAGAAUGAAAAUAGAGAAGAUAAAGCACACAAAACACCAAAAAACACUCAAAUGGCAACUCCAGAUUUGAGUAUUAAUGCAAAUAUAGUAUCAGACGCUUUAAACAAGACAAGUGAGGAUCCAGCUGAGACUGCGCAGGAGGAGCCUGACACACAAGCUGCGAAGACCAUAAUGGAAGCUCACUGUAGUUCAAUUGCAAAGGAUAAAGUUGACCUAAAAGAUACAACAGGAAUCGAAAAUGACAGAACAGAAUCUACUGUAUGUGUAUCUCUGACUCCCAGUCUUCCACCUCCCAUGCCAGAGAGAAAAACCUACCACUGUUCUGAAUGUGGAAAAGAGUAUGCAAGUCGCAGUGGAUUGAAGGGACAUAUGAAGCACCAUGGAGGAGUUGUCAAGGCUCCUCGAGCUCCUGCGAAAACUAAGGGCCCAGAGAGAGUGUCGCAUCAUGCAACCCUUCUACCACAAGGGCAUCAGUGAGCUUCUUGAAAGAGUUCUAAGCCCUCCAAAACAUCUACACCCAUCAGAGCUUUUAACCAGACCUUGCUCAAAAGAAAAUGGGACUAUGUGUUGAGAUGAAUUUAAUAGAUGACAAGAAAUAGGAACCUGAAGGACAUUAAGACUGCUCCCAACAAAAACACACAAUCCCCUACAUGUACACACGCACACACUUAACACAUACAGGGCCAUUUCUUGGCUUUAUUUCAUAUGAAAAUGCUCUAGAUCUUGCACCCUGAUCUUACUUUAAUGUUGAAACACUUUUAUUUUUAAUAUAUGUUAUGCAUAAAUGUGUGUGCUUGAUGCCCUUUAACUGCAGUCAAUUAUUGGAAUGGAAUGUCUAAAUAUAUCCUGUAGUACUUCUUUGAAUAUUAUGUGAUGUUCUUUUUGAUGGCUGUAAAUUGUUUUGUCAGUGUGCAAGUUUGUCAUGAUGGUUUUGUUUGUUUUUAUCAAAGUGAAAAUGUAGAGGUAGCUAAGAAAUUGCUUUGUUUGAGGAACAGAUAGAAAUUAAGUAAUUAUUCACUGAAAAUCUUGUCCUCCACCAUUCCUCUGAAAUCUCAUUCGUGCUUGCACACAUUCAAGCUUGGUUUGACUUCACUGAUGUUAAGCACUUUUGGUUCUCGCCUGUCAAUAUGUGCAGUCGGUUGAACAUGGACAAGUAUAAAUGAGAUUUAAAAGCUGUACGACAGAGGGUGUGAUUUUCUGCAAAUGAUUAAAAUUUUGGUGUGUUCCUCAAAAAAGAAAAAGCUAUUGUAUCAGUGAACGGUUUGUUUAACCUUAAAGAACAACAAUAUUUUAAAACAAAUAUGCUGGGAUUUUUAAUCAAAAUUAGUGAAAGGAUUUGGAGGGAGUGUUUUUAAAAUUAAGAGUCAUAGAAUCAAUUCGUAUUGAAUCCAAGCAACUUGUGGAGCUAUGUGGAUGUAAUCAACCGCUAGCCCAAAAUACAAGCUCUUACCAAUUCUUGCAAAAUACUAAAAUGCUUUGGCAUAAUCCUUAAGGUUUUGAUAGUUAUGGUGAAAAAUAUUCUACUUAAAUUGUUGUAUGUUAAAUGUUUUAUACUUGUACUAAAUCUUUUGGCUUUUAAUUGGAGUUAAGGAAAAGUUGGAUCGGUUCUAAAAUGAAGAAAACACCAAAAAAACAACAACAACAAAAAAAUUUUUUUAAAUGACCUGUCAACCUUUGUCUGUUGUAUUCAUGUUUGUCCUGUUCAGCUGUACAUUACUAGAUAAUAAUACUGCUCUUGACACCAACUAGACUAAAGAGUCAGUUGAGAUUGUUUAACAUGCCUGUAUCUUAGUCAGAGUAAGCUCUUGUUACUUAUUUUCAGUGUAGCUUUUGAAAAAGGCAGAAAUAGAUGGACUCACUCUGAGAUGAAACACUAGCUUAAAAUAGAUUUCUAUAUUUCUUGGUGGCAAUGUUUGUUUAUGGUGGUGUUUGUUCUUUGUCUGGAUACCUUUACAUAAAAGGAUUUCCAUAAAAUAUUUUUCUUAGAAAUGAAUUGGGUAUAUGAGUCUGAGAUUGUGAAUUGUAAUUUCAUAGUACAGAUAAAAGAAAAAAGUUAAUAAAAACCUGUGUAUUCAUGAAAAGAACCAUAAUAAGCAAUUCUUUAAUUGCAUAUUGUUGUUAUAACACAUGGUCUGUGUUGUGUUGUACAUAUAUUUAUAAAACUUCCACAGUUACUCUUCCUUGGUGGUCCGAGAAAAAAAAAAAAUUCUUCACACACAGGCCUCCCUAUUCCAUUUUCUCCCUUACACAAUCAAACUCCUCUGCAUUGCUUCUGUGUGUGCCACAUCAAGCGCAGUUAGGGAGAAACUGGAGGAAGCGUUGACAAUCUGUCUGAGGACUGGCCUCUAAUCUCCUGCACCAUGACAACCGUGCAGAGGCACAUAAGAUGGACACAAAAAAAGUUUUGUGUGUGUGUAUGUAUAUUUUUUUUUAUUUUCAUAAUUUUUCAUUAGCAUUAUUAUUAUCAUUUUUCACAAUAUCAUAAUUUUUUAUGGUCAUAUUUUCAUUGUUUUUCAUAAACGUUGCAGAGAGGUAUUUAAUAGACAACAAUGACUGAUAUUAGUGUAGUACGGUAGAAAUUAAGAUCACUGUGAUUUGCAUGAAAAACAUUAAUUGUCACCAUUUCAUAUGCACCUGUUAAUGCUGGAUAAUUUUAAAACAAAUUCCAGAAUGCAAACAUCCCAAAGCUGACAUUUUUCUGACCAGGAUCCAGUAGCACUGCCUAAACAUCAUUGAAAAUAUUUAGUACUUGAGAUUGUAGAGUGCAAAAUAGAUGCUCAUCUCCUUUUUUCCACAGAGUAGGCUACUUAAUCUGUAUACAUUUCUAUCAUUGUUACCUUUUUAAUUUCUGUAUAUUUUGUGCAGUCUUUUACUUAAAGGAAUAGUUCACCCAAAAAUGAAAAUUCUUGCAUUAUUUACUCACCCUCAUGCCAUCCCAGAUGUGUAUGACUUUCUGUCUUCAGCAGAACACAAACAAAGAUUUUUAGAAGAAUAUUUAAGCUCUGUUGGUCCAUACAAUACAAGUGAAUGGUGACCAGAACUUUGAAGUGCCAAAAAGCAAAUAAAGGCAGCAUAAAAGUAAUCCAUAUGAUUCCAGUGGAUAAAUCUCCACUUUCACUUCCACAUUCUUCUUCUUUUAUUUUUUGGCGUUUCACAUUCUUUGUGCAUAUAACCACCUACUGGUUGGGGCUGGUCAAAGGUGGAGAUUUAUAGAAAUUAAAUAUUGAAUAUUGAUCAGUUUCUCAUCCACACCUAUGAUAUCGCUUCUGAAGACAUGGAUUUAACCACUGGAGUCUUAUGAAUUACUUUUAUGAUGCCUUUAUGUGAUUUUUGGAGCUACAAAGUUCUAGCCACCAUUCUCUUGCACUAUAUGAACCUACAGAGCUGAAAUAUUCUUCUAAAAAUAUUUGUUUGUGUUCAGCAGAAGAGAGAAAGGCGUACACAUCUGGGAUGGUGUGAGGGUGAGGAAAUGAUGAGAGAAUUUUUAUUUUUGGGUGAACUAUCCUUUUAAUGUUUUACUUUAUAGAAUUACUGUAUGUCAUGAUACAGUUCCCCUGUUCUUG